GAUCUCCCUUGAUAGUUUCUUGAAAGUCGCUUGUAUGUAAAAUAGAGAUUAUCUAUGUUAACAGCAAUGUCAAGAGUGCUCGUUGUUGGCUGUGGAAUCACUGGUGCGGCAACUGCAGCUAGAGUUCGAAAAGAACUUCCAUCUCAUACAGACAUUCAUUUAUGGGACAAGGCUGAACUUCCAGGUGGACGGAUGAGCACAACUCCCAGUCCAUUUGAGAGUGGCAGCACAGUUGACCUUGGAGCCCAGUAUUUCACUCUGACCGACAACUAUGUUGGGAAAAGAGAAAAGCUGUAUAACAAGUUGGUUGAAAAGGGUGUCCUGAAGCCGCUGCAAGGUGUUAUUGAGGGAGACAAAAUGGUUAAUGCCAGACAUUAUGUGGCACCAUCUGGCAGUGGAUCUCUUGUGGAAAAUUUCAUGCAGGAAGCAGAAAUUGAACCAAAGUGUUCAUUCCACUUGUCUGAAGUCAGUGUGUGUCCUGAUACACAGAAGGUGAAAUGUUCUACAAAGACUGGAGUCAGUGAGGAGUUUGAUGUUGUCGUUUUAACCAUGCCAAUUCCCCAGAUUCUACAGCUCACGGGUUCAAUCCAAGACUGUAUCACAAGUCAGCCUGAUGUUAAGGACAGACUACAGAGUGUCACAUACUCCUCAAGGUUUUGUCUCGGCUUGUUCUACAAGCAGCAGAUAGACUUGCCGUAUUCAUGGACAGCCAAGUACUUCUUUGAUGGACCAUGCAUUAGAUUUGUUAGCUUUGACAACAGAAAAAGACAACAAACAAAUGUUUCUCCCUCGGUUCUGAUCCACACAAGUGUUCCGUUCAGUCUGCAGCACGUGGAGGAGGAUGUGGAGAGUGUCCAGUCUGUUAUCGUAAAUCACCUCCAGGGUCUCAUGCCACAGUUACCAGAACCUGACGCAGUGAUACCUCACUUGUGGAAAUAUUCACAGGUGUUUAAAGGCUAUGAUGGUCAUCCAGGCAGUAUUGUUUUAAACCAACACCCUCUCGUUAUUCUUGCUGGUGAUGCGUUCUCACAGUUUCCAAGGUUUGAUGGAUGUUUGGAUUCUGCAGAAGCCGUAGUUGGUGCAGUUGUACAGUGGUCAAAACAAAAGUCAAAAUAAUUAUCCAAGUCGAACCUGCACAACAAUCCACCUUUCUUAAGCAGCUGUGUCUGGAGGUCAUAUUAUAAUCUUCAGUGUUAUAUACCCAACCAUAAAGGUUUAGUAGAUAUUUGCACUCUGAAGAAAAUAUUGAUACCUUGUUCAUUCACAUCAAUUAAAUAUGAAAAAUCAGUUAAUGACCGACAUUUGUCGUACAUUUAAAUUUGAAUUGUUGAUUUUUUUUUUCUUUUCAUUUUAUUACAAGCUCAUUUAACCUUAUAGAUAGAAGUUGUUUUGUUUAAUGGCACCACUAGAGCACAUUGAUAUAUUAAUCAUUGGCUGUUUAUGUCAGUCAUUUGGUAAUUUUGACAGUCUUAGAGGAAACAAUACAUUUUUCCAUUAGUAGCAAGGGAUUUUUUAUAUAUACAUAUAUAUAGUCAAAACGUCGGUAUCUCAACCUCGGUAACCUCGAGUACCAACAUAUCUCGAGGUCCAUUUCCGGUCCUGGCAUUUUCCCUAUGUAAUGUUACCAAAUCGAGACUGUUAUCUUGAGCACGCUAACCGAGUACCAGGCUUAUGUCGAGCACAUUUUGGUGUCCCUAGGUACACUUUGUUGGGGUUUUCUCGAAGUAUAACAAAAAUUGCCUGCUUUGACUAUUGCUUUUAUUUGCCAUUGUAUAUGUGUGCGUGCGUACGUGUGUGGCAUGUGUGUGUGUGUGUGUGUGUAUAUGUACACUCACGUCUGUAUUAGUGUGAUAUGAUAUAUGUACACAAAACUUUCGUAUUACGAUACUGAAACCCCGGUGUAUGUUGGUGAUACGACACAACUUACUUCGCUAUCUUGUACCUGUCAUUUAUACUUUAUACCCACAUCCGAGCAGGCCAGGGGUAUUAAGAAAAUAAAGACUUUGUGUGUUCUUA